AUGAUCGCUUUCAUUGUGGCCGUCCUCCUCUAUCCUGUCCUCAGUGUCACCCCUUCCACGGUGACCUGGAUAGGCCUCCUCCCUGAAGAGAACGCUACCACUUAUGUCAAUGCCAUGCCUAUCGGUAACGGUGCUUUAGCUGCUAAUGUAAUCGUUGACAAUAAGAAUGCUUCUAACCCUAUCAUAGCGCUGCUGAUAUCGGAUCAGAGAUCCUGGAAUGAGGCGGGGGAGUUCAUCAAAGUUGGAAAGGUCACUCUAGAGCUCACCCCCAACCCGUGGGUGACGGCCGACACUACCUCGAUUAAGCAGGUUCUCAAUACCUCUACAGGAAGUGUUAUUCUUGAAGUCGGCCCUUCCCCACCGACGAGGGUCGAAGCCUACGUUGAUGCCCUCAAGGAUGUCUUAGUGGUGAACAUCUCCUCCCCAACACCGAUUGAUGUCUCGGUUGUCGCCGAGCUGCUACGCCCUAAGCCCUUCUCUAGGCAACCCUUGUAUCACUGCCGACCCUACAACGUCAGUGCCGACUUCUAUCUCAACGACUCUGGAGGAGUCAUCGGCUGGGCCCACGCCAACGUUCGCAGCGAUUACACCACUAGCAUUCUGGAAGCUCUCAACCUCGAGUCCCUCAAAGGGUCUAUUACCGAUCGUAUCGCCAACAGAUCUACUGCGGCUACAUGGCGCUUUGGAACGUCUAUGAUUGCGACCCUGUCUGUGGGAGAGCUGAAGACCUCAGAGCCAAGCCGGGACUUCUCCAUGGUCAUCGGUGUCGCCACCUCCGAGCAAGGUUUGGACCCUGCCGUUGCUGAGUCGAAGAGGCUCAUCGCGGAAUACAACAGCAUGACUGCUAUCGAGAAGCACAUGCAGUGGUGGGCACAGUUCUGGAACCGUAGCUGGAUCGAAGUCACCGGCCCUAGGGCUGGCGAGGUCAACAGUAAAAGUGCCCUCCAUCGCUACCUACAGGGUAUUCAAUCACGAGAGCCGAUCCCUAUCAAAUUCAAUGGAAUGCUCUUCACGGCUCAGAGGGAGGAAGUGGACUACAACAAGUGGGGAGGGCUCAACUGGUGGCAAAAUGCUCGAAUGCCCUAUUAUAACAUGUUCGCCAGUGGGGAUGCUGACAUGGUCGAUGCGACCUUCCUGCAGGCCUUCCUCAGUACGUUGAAGUACGCUGAGAUGAAGACCAAGGUGUACUACCCGGACAUGAGCGGUGACGCUGCAUACUGGGACGAGUACAGUCACCCUUUGAUCGGCAGUACGCAUCCUAUGAGCUAUGGUUGCGGUCGCGAGGGCAGGGCAUGGGGCAUGCCAGUUUGGUACUCGGUGGAUCCGCCCAAUCACUAUAAUCUUCAGGGAGGUCUUGACCUCAGCUUGCUGGCUUUGGACCAUUAUUCGUGGACACGAGAUGCCACUGUAUUGGCUAGAAAUCUCCCUAUGGUCGACGCGGUGGUGAACUUUUUUGCUCAGUGGAGAACUGGACGUAAUGACAACGGUAAGAUGAUGAUCUUCCCUGGGCAAGCUCUCGAGACGUGGGUGUGUCUGGGGUACCAGUACAUGCAACCUGGACUCAACUGUACACUCAACGAUAUGCCCACUGUGGCUGGCUUACACGCUGUACUGGCUCGACUAGAAGCCUUGCCGACCGAGCUCACUACUGCUGAGCAACGACAAAGGUGGGCGGCGCUGAAGGCAGUGGUGCCACCACUACCAUUGAUUGAUGCUGAAGUAGGAGGAGGCAAGAAGUUGGCCCCAUGUGAGGCGUGUGGCUUGGGACCAGAAAACUUCGAAAAUGCUGAGCUAUAUGCGGUCCAUCCUUAUAGGCUGGUCACGGCGAAGGAUGUUGGGGAGAAUCUUGAGGUUGCCCGUGCUGCUUAUAGAGAGAAAAGAUUCACCACUGAUGAUGGAUGGAAUCAGAAUGUGAUGGAUGCGGCCUUGCUGGGACUGGCAAUAGACGCUCAGGAGUUGCUGAUCGAAAGAGCUGCUAAGCCCGCACCAGAGGGUUAUCGCUUCACAGCGUUUGGACGACAAAUGCAAGAUUGGCAUCCCUCCUUAGACCAUUAUUCGGUCAUGAGGAACGGCCUGAUCUACGCCGUAUUGCAGCCGCUGGACGAUGCGGAUGAUGGAAUGCUGCUCUUUCCGGCGUGGCCUUGUGAUUGGGAUGUGGACUUGAAGCUAUGGGGACCAAGACAGACUCUUGUACAGGCUAAGAUGGUCAAUGGUGUUGUCACGGAGUUCCAUGUGGAGCCUCUGAGCCGUAACGACUCCGUGAGAAUACUACAAUGUCAAGUACGAUCGCAGUCAACUUCUACCCCUUCCCCCACUACUCCUUCUACUACCCCAACAGGAGGAUCGGUAACAGUGAUGUCCGCGUCGGUGGGAGCUGAAAAUCAAACUAAUGUUAUCCAUAGUUUUCUGGGAGCGUUAGCGGAAUCGGCGACAGCCUCGAUCAAGGGCGAAGACCCGACAUCAUCAGCUGACCAAGCGAUGGCUCUGAUGGAGUCGUUGAAUAAUGCUACGGUGAAGCCUCAGUGGGCUAGCGUGUUAUUCCCGGUAUUGGUGGAUUUAUUACAGGGCUUAAGGAAGGAGAUGGACGGCCCUAAGAGGGUGCUGCUCUUGAGGUCCCAUCCGGUGUGGGGUGGCGUCAUCGACUUCGUAUUUAAUACAGCGGUGAUGAGUGGUACUCCUAAUGAGCUGCUCUCGGCUACUGUGGCUCAUGGUAGAGCUACGAAGAAAGGAACAGUGAACACCACUAGAGCUGCUCUGGAUGCUGGUGUGGAACUCCUGUUGACAUUCUCUGCAUCAGCGAUCCUCCGAGUUGCACCGCUGAAGAUAGUGGCAUCAGGAACAGCUGAAGAUCCUGCAGCCCGGCUAUGGCGACUCUUGGGAGCGAAAGACACCAGUGAAUUCGCUGUUGAGACCCGACUGUGGCUCCUACCGCUGAUAAGAAGCACUGGAGGCUGCGGUUGUCAGCUAUCUGACUGGGUCGAGAUGAUGUUGCCGGCUGCUGUGUUUGUCAACGGCGUGGCGAAAAGCAAUGAGUCCGUGGACCCGACCCGAGCUCGAAAGCUUUUUACUGUAGUUGAGCAGCUCUGGGAGGUCCUGCCUUCGAUGAUAGAUGGAUGUGUUGAUCUGCCUCAAGCUCUGACAAUGCAGAAGAGCCUCCUCGGCAAGACCAUGUUGGGAGCAGCAACGACUCGUAAUGAGCGGACUCCAGAGGUGCAAGAGUCGGCCUUGAAGGCUAUGAGGGUCCUUGGUGAGGAGUCUUCUCGACAAUGGCCGUCCGGUCAGAAUGUCCCGAAGGAGGUCUCGGCGGUUGGGGAUAGAUUCAUCAACCCAUUAUGCUCGAUGUAUAUGGCAGAGUCGAGCGUGAAGUUGAGAGAUCUCAUUGUGGAGGCAGUGACCGCCGUUGCGAAGAGCUGCUGUUCUCUUCAAGUCCUCCAAACAGUCUUCACCAACGUGACCAAGCAGCUUGUACAGGAGAGUCAGAAGGACUCCACUAACGUAGUGUCAGACCUCAGUGAGCUCUGUCUGGCCCUUCUACCCGCCGUCCCCGCCUCGGGCCGGCAGCUGGUGGUAGGCAAGGUGUUCACUCCUCUCAUGAAGAACUCCUCAGCUCCGGCGAGGCUCCAAAAGGCUGCUUAUCGAGCUAUUAGAAUUGCCGUUGAAGCCGGGGACUCCUCGGGUGGCGAGUCAGUGCAGGCCCUUCUGGAACUGCUCAAUACCGUACCGUCGUCAGCUCAGACCAUCAAGCACAGACUGUUGCUGGCAAGGUCGUUAUUGCAGUCUGUGAGUGGUGAGGAGGAGAAGCCUGUCAUGGCGGCUCUAAUCCCAGAGGCUAUGGUGGCGACCAGAGACCCCGGAGCUCAGGUUCGUAUUUUGGGAUGGACCCUUUUAACGGAUGCUUGUCGGCGUUGUGCGGCUUCGGAAGAUUCCCUUGUGGCCCUCAUCAAUAUCGUCUGUGCGGGGCUUGCUGGCAGCUCGGUUGACAUGGUCUGUGCUUCCGUUGAGACUCUAGGUCUCGUGGUGGAGCAGUGUUGGCCAUUGGGUGCUGAUGACGUAACUUCGGCUGCUACCGCUAGUAAUCCCUUCGCGGCUUCGGCUGUGCCCUCGGAGGCGACGAAGAGAGCGUCUCUGUUGCGGGAGGUGGUCAAGACUGUGCUGUUGGUACGGGCCGACGGUAGAGCUAUUGAGAAACCCCUCUUCAAGAGUUUGCUGCUUUUUACUCGGUCGUGUCUCCGCGUGGGUAACGGCCUCAACCGUGAAUGCCUAGAGAUGUACCAUAAGCUGACCUUGAGCGCGGAGGGGAAGAAUCAGAUGCAGUUGAAGAUGGGUAUGAGGAGGUUGAUGGAGAAGUUGGGUAAAAGAGUCGGAUGGGCAGACCUGGCGGCGGCUACACCUGAGGAGCAUCGCCCCUUGGUGAAGCAUGUCCAAAAGCAACUUGAACGUGAGAGGCGUCGGCGCAUUAUGGAACGCUCAGAGGCUGGGAAGCAGAGGGAGAGGCCAGAGGGUGGAUCGACGACAUCGGACGAGUCCUCUGGUGAAGACGAGGAGGAUGAGCGGCACCGGGUGGCGAAGGGCGCUAAGAGUGGCAAGGGUAAUUUCAUCAUCGAUGAGACUGGAGAUGAGCCUUUGGAUUUGCUGGGACAUGGGGGCCAGAAAGGUGUGAGGGAAUCUGAGGGAAAACGGAGGAAAUCAGUUCUGGGUAGCAGCAAGGUGUUGAAGGAGGAGGACGGAAGGAUCGUUGUGGAGGUUCCUGAUGAGACAACUGAGGAGGAGAAGCCUUUGGAGAGGGAGGAAUUGGGAGCGAAAAAGAAGGGUCUUGGUCGGCUCGCUGAAAUACGAGCAGCAAAGAAGGGAGCUCGCCGAGCCAGGCUACAACAUGAUGUCAAGGGGCUGGACCAGUGUGCUCCUGGUUCUAAGACUCGUGGCUCUGGUGAUGCUCAAAGGCAGGCUGCCGUCCUCCAGCCCUACGCCUAUGUUAGGCUCAAUCCCAAGCUUGUGAAGGAGAAGUUCAAGUCGGAGUCUAUCCGAAGUAUCGAUAGAGUGGUGAAGGCCGGCGAAGAGGAGAAAAAGAAUGCUCGACUCGUUUCCAAGAAGUCCAAGUUGAGUAUUUCCAAAAACAACCGUGGUAAGAGGCGGCGAUGAACAUUGUCGAAAGCCGCAACGUAUAUGCCUGUACCAGUAUCUCCUACGUUCCUAUUGA